GGGUGCAGGGCAGAAGCCCCAGAACCUGAGCUACAGUACUCUGCCUCUGCAAUUCAGAAGGCCAGCUAGCAACUAUGGGAAACUGGCUGUCCGACUGGUCAUCUGACGGGUCUUUGGGGGUGCCCUCCAGGCCAGUGCACAAGCAAGAAGAGUCUAUCCAGGCAAACCUCCAACCCAAUGAAAAAUGUCUGAAGCAGACUGGGGUGACUUUGGUGCCAGCACACAAGCUAGAAGAGUAUAUCCAGGCAAACCUCCAACCCUACGAAGAAUCUCUGAGGCAGAUAGACCAGGAGGUGGAUGUCAUUCGUUGCCUGCUCAGUAUGGGGAACCUUGUGAUGGGAGUGGCUAAGGGUGGCUCCUAUGGCCGGGAAACAGUCCUGAGAGGCUGCUCCGAUGGUACUCUUGUUCUCUUCACGGAUCACUUCCGAAAGUUCCAGGAUCAGAAGGAAUACCAAGAUAAUCUCCUUGACUUGUUUGAACAACAGCUGAAAAGCCAUGAGAAAUACAAGAAAUCAGUAAAGCGUGGAGACGCCCUGGUGGUACAAGUGUCUAAACCAGGGCAGAGUAUACUCUUGCAGUUACUUCCAGCCUACAAUCCUCUGAUCAUAGGCCUCCCGCUGCAAACAGUCUAUCUGAAUCUCAAAAAAUCCAUGGAUGGAGUAGGAGCCUCACCAGGGGAGUUCUCAGACUGCUUCACCACACUGCAGUGGCAGUUUUUCAAGAAAUACCCCAGAAGGCUGAAGGAUUUGAUCCUAUUGGUCAAGCACUGGUACGAACAGUGCCAGGAGAAAUGGAUAAUACCCCUACCUCAGCCAUCAAUGUAUGCACUGGAACUGCUCACUGUGUAUGCCUGGGAACAGGGCUGCCAAGCUGAAGACUUCGACAUGGUACAAGGUGUCAGGACCGUGCUGCGACUCGUCAGUCAACCGACAGAGCUGUGUGUCUACUGGAUAGUCAACUACAACUUUGAGGAUGAGACAGUCCAGAACAAUCUUCUGUGCCAGCUCAAAUCUCCAAGACCAGUCAUCCUGGAUCCAACUGACCCAACCAACAACGUGGGCAAAGGUGUUAGGUUCUGGCAGCUACUGAAAGAGGAAGCUCAGGCCUGGCUAGACUCUCUCAGCCUGAAUGAGUCACCUGCAACAUAUUGGGAUGUUCUGCCCAUGCCACUUUUCAACACCCCAAGCCACCUCCUGGACAAAUUCAUCUAUGACUUCCUCCAGCCCGACAAGGUCUUCAUAGACCAGAUCAAAACAGCUGUUGACAUUAUCUGUUCCUUCCUUAAAGAGAAAUGCUUCCGGAAUUCUGGCACCAAAGUCCUGAAGACUGUCAAGGGAGGAUCCACUGCCAAAGGCACAGCCCUGAAGCAGGGAUCAGAUGCUGACAUCGUAGUGUUCCUCAGCUCGCUGGAGAGUUAUGACUCUCUAAAAAUCAAGCGCUCUUGGUUCGUCCAGAAGAUCCAGGAGCAGUUAGAAGCCUACAUGCAGCCCCUUGAGUUGGAGGUGAAGUUUGCGAAAUCAAAAUGGAAGGACCCCAGGGUGCUGAGUUUUACCUUGAAAUCCAAGAGUCUCAAUGAAAGUGUCGAGUUCGAUGUCCUUCCUGCCUGUGAUACACUAGGUCAACUGCGGUCUGACUCCACCUCCAGGACCUCCAGGACCAAAGCCUACAAGGAUCUCAUUAAGCUGUAUACAUCACAGGACAACCCCAAAGGGGGAGAGUUCUCAAUCUGUUUUACAGAACUACAGAGAAACUUCAUUGAAACCCGGCCCACCAAACUGAAGGGUCUGAUCCGCCUGGUCAAGCGCUGGUACAAACAGUAUGAAAUGAAGAUGAAGCCAAAAGUAUCUUUGCCCCCAAAGUACGCCCUGGAGCUGCUCACCGUGUAUGCCUGGGAGCAGGGCAGUGGAAUAGAUGACUUUGACUCUGCUGAAGGCUUCCGGACCGUCCUGGACUUGGUCAUAAAAUACCGGCAGCUCUGCAUCUUCUGGACAGUCAAUUACAACUUCGAAGAGGAGUACAUGAGGUUGUUCCUACUGACCCAGAUCCAGAAAAAGAGGCCUGUGAUCCUGGAUCCAGCAGAUCCCACGGGCGACGUGGGAGGAGGUGACCGCUGGUGUUGGCAUCUUCUAGCUGAAGAAGCAAAGGAGUGGCUGUCUUCUCCCUGCUUCCAAGUGGGGAAAAAAGGCCCUGUACAGCCAUGGAAUGUGCUAGUAGUACAGACCCCAGGAAGCUGUGGAGCUCAAGUCUACCCCACUGUCGGUGGGGUGUACUAAGUUGGAGUCCAUUCAGCUCUGGAGCAAAACUUCUGGAAGAAGCUUCUAGAGUCAUCUGGCAAAGUGUCAGUUCGUAUUAUAAAAGGGAGCCUGGGUCCAGUCCUCUCUUGCUGGCUCCCAUCUGUCUCCUUCCUGCUUGAAAUCAAGACAUGGGGUUUCCCCCACCCUCACCCAGGGUCACGGAUCUGGUAGUCUGCAGUCAGCAGCUCCAGACUCACCCUGUGUCACCACGGUGAAGCCCCUCCCUAGCCCUUCAUUUCCAUCAGUCCCAACUAGUCCUUACAGUCUUCUCUUGCAUCUUUGCCUCUUUUCCCUGUCCCUGUGGAUACAGAGACGGCCCAUCCAGCCGCUACCCAACCACUUCUCCCUCCACCUCUGCUGUUAAAACCCUUUCUCUUGGGGGAAAUGUAAACAACAUCUACCCCUCUUAAAGUCCCAGGACAAACCAAGGUACAUUUCUACCUUCCCUGAGGCGCCAAGGAGUUGAUUGAGCUUAUCUGCUCACAAGUAAGGGGUUACCGGUAGGACCAUGGGGACCUUCGAAGCUGCCACACUAGAAGGUCUGCACCCAGCUAGGAUGAUGGCUUCCCCGAGGCUGCAUAAAGGGGAUCCCUCCCCUCACCCUUCCUCCUGUAUCCUCUAGCCCCGCCCAGAGACCACGUGCAAUCAGGGCAGAAUAACAUACAGCUGGUUGGGACCAGUUGUUAGGUAACUUGGGCGAGGGUCCCAUAACCUUCCCACCCCACCCCUCUUCCAAGAGUGAAGAUCAACAGUCAGCAGGCCCAGCUGUGAUGUUCACUGAUGAGCAGGCUCAGGCAGACUCCUGAAGAUGGCGCCACUGUGGCUCAGUGAAUAGUUUGCAUAACAUUUUACAUACGGCAAAUGCUGGUUGAUAUCUCUUGCCUCGGCCUUGCCAGCUGCCCAGGGGACCUUCACCCCAGGGCUUUAACUGCACAGAUACACAAGGUCUAAGCCCUUUGCAUCCCCAAGUAAGGUUGAGCCUUUUCUGUCUGUGCACUGAGGACCAUGCCUGGCCCCUGUGCCACUUGUAAGCAUAGAAGUGCAGCAUCCCAGGGGGUGGACUUUGAUGUGAACUCCUUCAUCCAUCUCUGAUGUACGCUAGCCCAAACAGAAAUCCUAGGCACGUGAUUCAAGGAUCAGAACAUCAACCCUCACCCUUCUGCAGGGAAGAGAUGGGGCUGAAGGCGGGGUUCAAACCUCAUGGUCAAUGAUGGAGCCCAUCACCUCUAAGUGCUGAGACCCCACAAAGUCUCUGGAUAAGGAGGUUCCAGGAACUUCUACGCUGAUAAACAUCCCAAUGUAUCAACAAGGUAGAAGCCGACCUCCAUGGGGACAGACACUCCUGGGUCAGCCCCCUCCCUGGGGACUCUGCAUUUAGUUGUUCAUUUGUAUGCUUCGUAAUAAAUGAUGGUUUGGGGUGUA